UUUAUAAAUGGCUUUAAAUGGCCUGUACAGGCGCCUGCGCGAUGAUACACAAGCAGCUAGACCCUACUUCACUUUUACGUCGCCAUAUAAAUUCAGGCCUGGCAACGAGGCCCCUUCGCCGUUUGUAGUUGAUUACUGAUACGAAACAACGAGUGCGAACUGGUGCGCUGACCAGGCAUUGUUCAGUCGCACUCGGUCAUUGCAUCGAGUUGGGUGUGCAAUGGACGCAGUCAGUCACUUAGGAUCUUCGUAUCUGCUGUCAGUUACGCAUCACGCUCAGAUCCACGCAUGUGAGCAGGUAGCUGUUGUAUCGUCGCCAGUCGAGGAGCGGGACGACGACUCUGCAGGAUAGGAACCCUCAAUUGUUGACAACGCUCGUCGCGCGCUUGCCAUUGGCUUUUUAACUGUAUCGGAUACAUCGGAAUUCCAGAAAAUGCAGACACACAAAAGGACACAGUGCGAGGACUCCUCGACGGGGAAUAUCUUGCGUCAUCGUUCUUGGAGCCACGAUCUCGAUGACGAGGACGAAGUUGCCAGCGAGAAUGCAUUGCUAAACGAAGCCAACGAGCCAAGGCAAAAUCAUUCUGUUUCGACAGAAUGCAACUCUUGCCCGACUAUAACGUUUGCGGAGGAGAAGAUGCGUCGUAAACUGCGAUUCUUCUUUAUGAACCCGAUCGAGAAAUGGCAAGCGAAGCGACGUUUCCCCUAUAAAUUCAUUAUUCAGCUCAUCAAGAUCUUCCUUGUGACCGCGCAACUCUGUUUGUUCGCGCACAAUAAUUAUAUGCACGUAAACUACACAUGGGACAAUCGAAUUACGUUCUCUCAUCUGUUUUUGAUGGGAUGGGACUCUACUCAAGAGGUGCCCGCAUAUCCACCUGCGACGGGACCAUUAGCCAUUUACAAACGCAGCGAUUUCUACGAUGCUAUCGAUUACGCUAUGCGUGGUUACUACAAUGUCGAUGACGCCAUCGGUUCAUAUUCAUACAUUGCCGAGGAUAACUCGGUUGGACCCUUGACUUUGUGUCUCUAUCAAUACAAAGAGGGAAUCAUAUUUGGCUUCAACGAGAGCUACGUGUUCGACAAUGAGAUCGUGGAAACGUGCGUGAAUAUUACUCUGGAAACAUUCGAUACAUUUAAUUCGUCAUACAGUUUGCUGCAAAACAAGAAUAUUAAUGUUAAUUUCUCCGCGCUAGUGCGUGCUGAACUCAAGUUUAGUCUGAAGACGGUAAAUCUCAAAGCAGCGGGGCCGAUGACGCCACCUGAUUGCUAUCGUUUCAAUGUCCAUAUUUAUUUCGAUAAUCGUGACUUCGAUGGACAAAUGCUGCUCUCAUUGGACGCCGAGCCGAGGAAAUUGCAGUGCAAAGGCGACACCCGUUAUAUCACGGACAAUCGCAUCGAGUCGGCACUGAGGACUCUAUUGAAUUUGUUUGUCAUACUGAUUUGCUUUAUCUCUUUCCUCUUAUGCUCGCGAGCGAUUUAUAGGGCGCAAAUGUUGAAAUUCGACACGAUGAACUUCUUCAAGAAAACGUACGGCAAAACGUUGAGUCUCGAGGGCCGACUGGAGUUCCUCAACUGCUGGUACAUCAUGAUCAUCAUCAACGACGUGCUGAUUAUCAUUGGUUCCAUCAUCAAAGAACGAAUCGAACGUCAACAUUCGAACAGCGAUCAUUGGAGCGUGUGCAGCAUAUUCCUCGGUAUCGGCAAUCUUCUGAUGUGGUUCGGCGUGUUACGCUACCUUGGUUUCUUCAAGACAUACAACGUCGUAAUUCUGACCCUGAAGAAAGCUGCGCCGAAAGUGGCGAGGUUUCUGAUAUGCGCGAUCCUGAUCUACGCCGGUUUCACUUUUUGCGGCUGGCUGGUGCUCGGCCCGUACAACAUGAAGUUCCGCUCCCUCGCAACCACGUCCGAAUGCCUGUUCGCAUUGAUUAACGGCGACGAUAUGUUCGCCACAUUCUCCAUCACGUCUUCCAAGUCACCGGUGCUGUGGUGGUUUGCUAGGAUCUAUUUAUACACAUUCAUCUCACUUUACAUUUACGUCGUAUUAAGUUUAUUCAUUUCUGUGAUAAUGGAUGCCUACGAUACCAUCAAGAUCUACUAUCGCGACGGUUUUCCGAAAAAUGACCUGCAAACGUUCAUAGCACCGUGCACAGACGAGGCAUCGAGUGGUCUCUUCAUGGACGAUUCCGAGAAGAAAACAUUGACGGACUUGCUCGAUCGAUUUUGUUGUUGUCGGAAAAGGCCCUUUUACGAAUCUUUCUCGGAGUCAUCUACUGAGGACUGUACGACCAAGUGCGAGCAAACCACUGGAGGAGCCAUCUGCGUGUAGCGCAUUAAUUGAGAGCACUUGGAAAUCUUACGGCGCGACUUCAGAUACUCAAUACGAUAAUGACUCGAUUGUGUCAACAUCCUUGAUCUAGAAUAUUCCUGGUUAACAAAUCUCUUUCUGCAUGUCGUGAUCUCAGAUAAGAUGCGAAGACUAAACCAUGUCUUUACAGCGUGAGUAAACACAUAUAUAUUAUAUUCGUUUGUUUUUCUAUGUAACUUGCAUAUAAUUGUGCUGUUAUAACGAGAAUAAUAGCAGAUAGCUAUUAGAUAGAUAAAUUAUUAUCCCAACAAAAUUUUGCUAGAAAAUGCAAUAUAAGAAGAACGAAAUAAAAAUAGAAAUAGUCUUUUAGCCCCGAUAUAGAUAUAAUAUUUCAUGCUAAAAUGUCUUUGUUAUGCGAAAAAUGAAAGAGGUUUUGUAACCACAAGUAGCAUUUAUUGAUGUUGAUAUAACACAUGCAAAACAUAUGACUAAAUGACCUGCCAUACGUUUCUAUUAUUGUCAUCGCAUAAAUUUCGUGUUGCGUAAUAUCUUAGAAAAAUAUCUAUUUAUUAUACAUCGACAUGUAAAUCCCUAUUUUAACUUUUAACUUUUAAUAUAUAAUUACGAAAGAACGGUUUUAACGUUGCGUCGCGCGUAAAAUCUUUUAUGUGCAGUAUUUGAUUGAGAUAACUUUGUAUAUUCGCGUACAAUGCAAUUGUGCGUUUUUAUUGUACUUUAUGAGUCAACAAUGACACUGAGAAAUUAUAGCGAAUUCACAUAAUAGUAACGCAUUAUUGUUAUGGUAUGUACAAUCUGAAGAAACAACAUUCUUGAAGAGAACGAGUGAUGAAAACUCUUCAUGCAAGUUGUAGCUCAAUUGUUACACAAUCGAUGCAAUGUUACAUAGUUACAAAGUUUGUAAA